AUGGAGAACCAAGUGAUCAGACAAAGUGGCAGUCCAAGAAGUCAACCGCAACUAUUAAACAGUACUGCAAGAAGUCAACAAGAACAACGUCCUAAUUCAUUUUUGAUCAACAAGGACAUUAAUGGUGGUGAUGAUGAACAUGGUGGUGAUUUAGAUUCUUUUCCACCUGGUUAUCGUUUUCGGCCUUAUGAUGAAGAGCUGGUCGAAUAUUACUUGAGAAGAAAAGUGAAGAACCUAAUCUUACCGCCCAACAGGAUCCACGAAGUCGAUUUCUACAGAUACACUCCGGAUGAACUUGCAGUGAAUUACCAAGCUCAAGGAGAAAAGGAAUGGUAUUUUUUCACACAAAGAGACAGAAAGUAUCCAAAUGGAAAAAGACCAAAUAGGACUGCAGGGAAUGGAUUCUGGAGGGCAACAUCUGCUGAUAAGGUUGUCAAGUUUAAUGGCCGCAAAAUUGGAAAUAGGAAGGCAUUGGCAUUCUACCAAGGAAAUGCUCAAAACAAAAACAAAACAUCGUGGCUUAUGCAAGAAUUUACAUUAUAUAGUCCUUCCACUACUCAAAGGGAACAAAAUAACUCAAGGCUUGAUGAAUGGGUUUUAUGCAAGAUUUACAAGAAGGAAAAAGACAGAAAUCGAAAUCACGACAAUAUUGAACAACCAAUCAUGAGAGCAACAUCUGAAGAAACUGAGUCUGAGCCCACUGAAAUGGACACGGAUCAUUACAGUGGAAUAAAUGAAGACAUUGAACAACCCAUGAUCAUAAGCUCAGCUGGAAACAACUCCACUGCAUUGACAUCUGAAGAAACAGUUACUGAAAUGGAUAAUAUGGCAAAUUUCAACACCUAUGGUACUUGUGCAUUUGGUUUUGAUCAGCCUCUCCAAACCACACAAUUUCUUGAUUCUCUUAGCUUUGAUCAGUUCAACAAUCACCAAAGUUAUUAUGCAGAGCUUCUCGAAAAUUGUUUUGAUCAGCCUCUCCAAACCACACAAGUUCUUGAUUCUGUUAGCUUUGAUCAGUUCAACAAUCCCCAAAGUAAUUUUGCAGAGCUUCUCCAAAGUUGUCUGGAUCACGGACUUACGGAGGAUUUGUCAUCACUAUUGGAGGAUCCUUGCCUUGAGCCAUCUCUUCAUGAUGUAUUUCCUUGA